AUGCGACAAGUAAUAUAUGUAUGUGUGCGUGCAUUUCUAUUUACUUUAACAUUUGUAGGUUUUACUUAUAAACAUGGAAUCGGGAUACGUAAUAAAGAAUAACGCAAGGAUUACUGCGAAAGAUAUAUCAAAUUCAAGUGCAUCAUCAGAAUGCAUUUGUUAUAGACCACAUUCUCACAUUAUAUGCAAUGGUUGUGGAUUUUGGACUAGAGGAAGAGUAAGAUACUGUUGUCCUCAACAUCCUAAGAUUGUUUUUCUACAUGAUCAUGCUCAAUGUCCACGCUGUAGGAGCUAUGACUUUAUGCUUAAAGAGAUCUAG